AUGAAGUUCUCCUUCAGCACCAUAGUGGCUCUGGCUGCUUUGACGGCAACAACGCUGGCAAACUCUGACGCCUCGUCUGCUCUGGCGAUGGCGCAGGCAUCAUAUCCCAAGUGUACACUGGGCUGUCUCGCAGAACUUAUUCCUCAAUCUGCUUGUACUCUGACCGACAUCAACUGUCUAUGCACUAAUGCCCCGCUCAACGCCAACUUGACAGUUUGCGUUCUUUCAUCAUGUACCACAUACGAGGGUCUAGUAACCAAGAACGUCUCUUCGACAAUGUGCGGUGCACCAGUACGCAACGAGUCGUUGAAACCACUACUUGUCGGUGUCGUUGGUGGUGCCAUUGCCUUGGUGAUAUUUCUCUUGCGACUCUGCUCUGUCUUACCAGCGAGCGGCCGACUGAUGGGCUGGGACGAUCAUGCCAUCUGUGUUGCUGUAGCCCUUGCUACACCUCCAACUAUCUUCUCUAUUCUCCUAUCCAAGAACGGCCUUGGAAAAGACAUGUGGACCCUUCCCUUGGCGAACAUCGAGAACGUUCUUUUUUACUACUACCUGGGCGAGAUUUUCUACUUUGCCUCACUCACAGCGACCAAGAUUUCAAUUCUCGUUUUCUUCCUCCGUGUCUUUCCCUUGAAGAGCUUCCGCCGAAUCAUCCACAUCGUUAUGGCCAUCUGCGUAGCAUAUGGUGUUUCAUUCAUCUUAGCCACUACUUUCCAAUGCAGUCCGGUACCUUACUCAUGGAAGCAACUUGACGACAACUACCCGGGUUCAUGCAACAACAUCCACAUUCAAGGAUGGAUGAGCGCUAUCUUCAACAUCGUCAUCGAUCUCGUCAUCCUCAUACUUCCUUUGAAAGAGCUCUAUGCGCUGCAGACCAGCUUGAAGAAGAAGUUGAUGGUCAUGGUCAUGUUCUCUCUUGGUAUCUUCGUUACAUUCGUCAGUGUUGUUCGCCUGCACUCAUUAAUCGUGUUUGCCAAUUCUCAAAACAUUACAUGGGAUUACAAUGACGCCGCUUGGUGGAGCACCGUCGAAAUUCAUGUCGGCAUCAUCUGCGCAUGUCUUCCAUCAGUGCGAGCCCUCUUCGUGUCUCUCGGCGCAAAGUCACUGGGCACCACUAGGGCCAACUCCAGACCGACUGGCCACCAUGUUUCAAACAACUCAAUCUUGACGGGUAGCUCGCUGGGACAAAGCAAGAUCACCACCACUGUUAGUGCGAAACCAGUCGGAGUUCCGAGACACGGCGAUGAGGAAGACUUCAUUCCACUGGUGGACCUCGCAAAGAAUCAAAGAUGA